AUGCUGGUGGACAUGGAGUGGGUGGGACGAGUGAAAGUGUGCGAGCGUCAUGCUGCUGCUGCUGCAGCAGCAGCAGCAGCAGCAGCAGCAGCAGCAGCAGCAGCAGCAGCAGCAGCAGCAGCAGCAGCAGCAGCAGCAGCAGCAGCAGCAGCAGCAGCAGCAGCAGCAGCAGCAGCAGCAGCAGCAGCAGCAGCAGCAGCAGCAGCAGGCGGGCCAGUUCAUCAUUCCAGCAGCAGCAGCGAUUCAUACAUCACCCACCACACCCACCAGACGGCCCCGCACUCACUGAGCACGCAGGGCUCGGGGUCGUCUGUCAUGUCGCCAGCGCCCACGUUCAUGGGAGUGCACACCAUCUGCCGUGACACGGCCAGGCGGUUCCCCCUGAAGCCCAGGAACAGCGGGUCGGCCGCCUCGCCCAUCCCCGCCACUGGUCGUGGUGUGAUGGCAGUGGCGGCGGCACAAGGGUUGUGGAGGCAGAGGGACUCCCCUUCCCGCCUCGCUAUUCCCCUUUCCGUCGCCCGAACCAACUCUCACCCUUGUCUCCCCUACCCCUACCUGAUGCCCCUUCCCGCGGCUCGACUCCCUGUUCUCACCCUUGUUUCCCUUGUCUCCCUUCUCUCCGUUCCCUCCCUUUCUCACCCUUCUCUCCCUUGUCUCCCUUCCUCGCCCUUCACUCCCUUCACUCCCUUCACUCCCUUCACUCCCUUCCCUCCCUUCCCUCCCUUCUCUCCCUGCCCUCCCUCCCCCCCUUCUCUCCCUACCCUCCCUUCUCUCCCUUCCCCCCCUACUCUCCCUGAGCCACCUUCUCUCCCUUUCCUCCCUUCUCUCCCUUUCCGCCCUUCUCUCCCUUUCCGCCCUUCUCUCCCUUCCCUCCCUUCUCUCCCUUCCCUCCCUUCUCUCCCUUCCCUCCCUUCUCUCCCUUCCCUCCCUUCCCUCCCUUCUCUCCCUUCUGUCGCUUCCCUCCCUUCCCGCUCUUCUCACCAACUCUUUGAUAUGCCUUCCUGUCCCCCAUCCUUCCUUCCUUACGCACUCCUCCUGCCAUUCUCUCCUCUUGCAAUCUUCACUGCCAUCCUUCCCUUCCACAUAUCCUGUAACCAAGCCCCCUUCGAUUCUCUUGUCGUCACCACCCAAGCAACAGCAGCAUUGCCAUGGGAAAUUUCAACAUGCAUCUCCCACCUACCCCCACCUACUCCCAUCUCACCUCCCCUCCCCCUACCACAUACUCCCAUCUCACCUCCCCUCCCCCUACCACAUACUCCCAUCUCACCUCCCCUCCCCCUACCACAUACUCCCAUCUCACCUCCCCUCCCCCUACCACAUACUCCCAUCUCACCUCCCCUCCCCCUACCACAUACUCCCAUCUCACCUCCCCUCUCCCCCCUUUACCACGGGAUAUCAGCCCACCACGCCUCCCCAUACCACCUGCUCCCAUAA